AUGCGCAUCGCAACAUUGCAAAUUGCCGCGAAGCUUGGAGACGUAGAGGGCAAUAUCCAGCGAGCGGAUGAAGUCUUAGCAAAUGCCGUACUCAAAGUCCACGGCCCCAGCCAUGGCCAGAAAACGGGUGCAAAGAUUGAGGAGGCGGGCUUGGAUAUGUUGGUUUUGUCGGAGAUGGCGCUGACGGGCUACAACUUCCCCUCCCUGGAUGCUGUGAAGCCAUACGUGGAGCCAGCGGGGAAGGGACGUACGGCUGCUUGGGCAAGGGAAACGGCUAAGAGACUACAAUGUAUAGUCUGCGUGGGGUAUCCUGAAAUCGAAAUCACGACCCCAAAAGGAGGAGGAGAGGGAGAAACUCAACAAGAGAAAUACUACAACUCCCUCCUAAUCAUCAGCCCAACAGGUUCUAUCCUACACAAUUACCGCAAAACAUUCCUCUACUACACUGACGAAACAUGGGCGUCCGAGGGAAGCGCAGAGCUAGGUUGUCGAAACCUCACCCUUCCCCUCCCUCCUCCCGAUUCAAAACAUGUUCCCGACAUCCCCGAGACCGGGAAUAUUGACAAAAGUUCAAGUAUACGCGCACGAGAAAUCCCCACCACAUUCGGCAUCUGCAUGGACAUAAACCCCUACCGCUUCGAAGCACCCUACAGCGCCUUUGAAUUUGCACACCGAGUGCUCGACUCCCGCUCCGAACUCGUCAUUGUCUCCAUGGCCUGGUUGACGCUGUUGACGAGAGAGGAACUGGAUGCGUUACGUGGAAAGCCAGAGAUGGAUACGUUCAAUUAUUGGAUUCAGCGGUUCUUGCCACUCAUACGGGAGAGGAUUGCAUAUUCCUCGAACCCGGAUCGGGAUCAUACUACUAAGAGUACUAAGGACGGUGGGGGAGAUGCGGACGAGGUAGAGGAGAACAGAAUCAUCAUCGUCUUCGCAAACCGCGCAGGCGAAGAGGAUGGGAUCCCGCUUGCGCGGUAUGCGGGGACGAGUGCGAUUAUUGCUGUCUCACAGCGGCAGCACACACCAUCUUCAGCGACGAGCUUACUACGGAACGGGAGUAUUACAUCACAAGGCGAGGAGGACGAUAAGCAGAAACAGGCGGAUUCAGAUUUCGACGUGCGGAUCCUGUGUUGGAGGAUGCUCGGUGCGACGAGCGAGGGCGUUUGUUUUGCGGAUACGGCGGGGGAGCCGGAAAUGGUGUUUCAGUUGGUUAAGAAGGCGGGGUAG